GACAUAAUAUUUCACACAUAAACUAAUGAUGGCGAUGCAGGCGGCAAUCAUGCAGGAUGAAGUGGCUGCUGCUCUGUUGGAAGAGGAGGAGGCRCCGCUGGAGGUGGUGAGGAUGCACAAACGACAGAUGGAGGAGCUCUAUGAUGUGCUUACUCACCAUCAACAGGAUUUAUCAGCGGARCUUUUGGACGAGGGGGAGGAAGUGCUCAACAGAUGGGACGAGGAGAUCCGCGCGAAUUUUUCUCUUCAACGAUUGGGUAUUACCGAGAGAGCACAGGUGACAGCUGAGAUGGGCGAUUGUGCUGAGAUGAUAAGGAAAUUGAGAGGAGUUUUCAUAGAGCUUUGGGAGGGGCUGCAUGUGAAGACGACAUGUGGAGGUUCGCAACAGGGUAGCUGUGUGGGGCUUGUGGAGGGGCAAGUGCCUGGCGCUACGACGUGGGAUCGCUUGCAUGCAAUCGAUGACGUGGGUGUUCCAAUUGCUCUUUCGAACAACGAGCUCGGAAUUAGUCGCGAGGAGCCUGAGGAGAGGCAGGUUUGUUGUGGUGAACUGGAGGCGCGUUCGCUUGUGGAUGUCGAAGAGUGCUCUCGGGGCGGAGGGGGGAUUGCGGUUUUGUGCGAUGAUAACAACAGCAGCAACAACAACAACAACAACAACAACAACAACAACAACGACAACAACAACGACAACAACGGAGAGCUGCACUUUUGUGUGGUCAGGUGCGAGGAAAACAACAAUAACAACAGCACCAACAAUAACAACAACGACAAUCGCGCCGGUAUUGAAGGUGAUUGGUGUGGGGAGGGUGUUGACAACAAAGCAGCCAACGAAAACAACAUUAGCAGUGACGAUUGCAGUAACAACAACAACAUUGGCAACCACCAUAAUACCGGCGAAGAAGGUGAGCUCCGUGCAUGUUUCUGCGACGGCCAAGUUGUAAGCAAUGGAAGUCAUAGUAAUGAUUUCGGGGGGGGUAUGCCCGUUGCUAUAUGCGGGAGAGAGGAGGAGGACAAGGAGGACUACGACGAAGAAGAAGAGGAGGAGGAGGAAGAAGAAGAAAGUGAGGAAGAGGAAGAAGAAGAGGAGGAGGAGGAAGAAGAAGAAGCUGAGGAGGAGGACGAAGAAGAGGCUGAGGAGGAGGAGGAGGCGGACAAAGUUGUGGCUGGCAAAAAAACAAAGAAAAGGAUGCGUCGACCGCCGACGUUGGCUCGCUGCGGGCGUCGCCAUAGCAGUGCUCUUGGCUAGGAGGAGUGUGAAGUACAGGAAGAACUCUCGUUCCUGCCACGCACCACGAACCCUUAGGCUACUCUCUAACAGAGGCUAACGGCGCGGACCCCACCGUCUAACGCAGGCUAACGGAGGCUUACGGAGGCUUACGGAGGAGGCUUAUGGAGGAGGCUUACGGAGGAGGCUGACGGAGUGGCUGCAUUUAAACCAACUCUACUUCCUAAAGUCGAGCCCGUUAACGAGCCACGUUGUUAGCAAACGUACGUUAACGUGCCACGCUUUUAGCAAACGUACCGGCCACUACAGGAG